AUGGCACUACCUGGGCUCCUCCGAAGGUUCCACCUGGGCUCCUCCGGCAAGUCCCACAACCUGGGCUCCUCCAGCAGAAGGUUCUACCUGGGCUCCUCCGGCAAGUCCCACAACCUGGGCUCCUCCAGCAGAAGGUUCUACCUGGGCUCCUCCGGCAAAUCCCACAACCUGGGUUCCGGUAAAUCCUACUACCGGGGCUCCUCCGGCAAAUCCUACUACCUGGACUGCGGCAAAUCCUACUACCUGGGCUCCUCCGGCAAGUCCCACAACCUGGGCUCCUCCAGCAGAAGGUUCCACCUGGGCUCCUCCGGCAAAUCCCACAACCUGGGCUCCUCCAGCAGAAGGUUCCACCUGGGCUCCUCCAGCAGAAGGUUCCACCUGGGCUCCUCCGGCAAGUCCCACAACCUGGGCUCCUCCAGCAGAAGGUUCCACCUGGGCUUCUACGUCAAAUGGCACUACCUGGGCUUCUCCGUCAAAUGCAAAUGGCACUACCUGGGCUCCUCCAGCAGAAGGUUCCACCUCGGCUCCUCCGGCAAAUCCCACAACCUGGGUUCCGGCAAAUCCUACUACCUGGACUCCUCCAGCAAAUCCUACUACCUGGGCUCCUCCGGCAAAUGGCACCACCUGGGCUCCUCCGGCAAGUCCCACAACCUGGGCUCCUCCAGCAGAAGGUUCCACCUGGGCUCCUCCGGCAAAUCCCACAACCUGGGCUCCGGUAAAUCCUACUACCGGGGCUCCUCCGGCAAAUCCUACUACCUGGACUCCGGCAAAUCCUACUACCUGGGCUCCUUCGGCAAAUCCCACAACCUGGGCUCCGCCAGCAGAAGGUUCCACCUGGGCUCCUCCGGCAAGUCCCACAACCUGGGCUCCUCCAGCAGAAGGUUCCACCUGGGCUCCUCCAGCAAAUGGCACUACCUGGGCUCCCCCAGCAGAAGGUUCCACCUGGGCUCCUCCAGUAAAUGGCACUACCUGGGCUCCCCCAGCAGAAGGUUCCACCUGGGCUCCUCCAACAAAUGGCACUACCUGGGUUCCCCCAGCAGAUGGUUCCACCUGGGCUCCUCCAGCAGAAGGUUCCACCUCGGCUCCUCCGGCAAAUCCCACAACCUGGGUUCCGGCAAAUCCUACUACCUGGACUCCUCCAGCAAAUCCUACUACCUGGGCUCCUCCGGCAAAUGGCACCACCUGGGCUCCUCCGGCAAGUCCCACAACCUGGGCUCCUCCAGCAGAAGGUUCCACCUGGGCUCCUCCGGCAAAUCCCACAAAUGGCACUACCUGGGCUCCCCCAGCAGAAGGUUCCACCUGGGCUCCUCCGGCAAGUCCCACAACCUGGGCUCCUCCAGCAGAAGGUUCCACCUGGGCUCCUCCAGCAAAUGGCACUACCUGGGCUCCCCCAGCAGAAGGUUCCACCUGGGCUCCUCCAGUAAAUGGCACUACCUGGGCUCCCCCAGCAGAAGGUUCCACCUGGGCUCCUCCAACAAAUGGCACUACCUGGGUUCCCCCAGCAGAUGGUUCCACCUGGGCUCCUCCAGCAAAUGGCACUACCUGGGCUCCUCCAGCAGAAGAUUCCAAAAGCACCACAGAACCUCUAAUCGCCUUAACAUCUGA